AUGGCUGGCGCCGCGUGGGGGCUGGGCCUGCCGUGCAAGGGGCAGGACGCAGGCUUCGACUUCGCAGUGGCAUCUAAUUCGGCUCUGGCCCAUGGCCGCGGCGCCAGGAGGGGUCCUGGGCCAGCGGCCUGCACAGCCGAGGGAGUGCCCUGCACGCGCGGCCCUGGCGAACAGAGGCGCAGCUUGCUGAGCGAUCCGUCGAGUCGGCUGCACGGCGCCUCGCGGCAAAACGUGCAGGUCGUCAUCUUCGACGCUCUGGCCAACUACGCGCUCGGCCAGGCGGCGUGCGCUGGCUCGGGUUCGCGUUGCGUCGGCGUCUUCUUAGAUCGGCGGUCCCCGCGGGGCAUCCGCGUGCUCGAGGGGGUGGACAUGCCCUGUAUCCCCGAAGAUCGUCCCUUGGCCUGGUGCGCGCUAGAGGGCAUCCGCUGCGAGGAGGACUGCUGGACGGAGUCCGCUAGACUUGUGCACCUGCUGGCGCCGAGGAAAGCGUCGGCUACAGGCCCAGGCAGUUCGCGGCAGCGGCAGAGGCUCAGCUGCCCGCCGCUGCUGGUUUACGCGAAAGAGGCGUUGCUCCGGCGAUGGGCUGCGGACAAGAAGAAGAAGAGGCGUGUCGUGAAGUUUGUCGUUCCCGUCGCCUUCGUCGCGGACGACGACUGGGUGGAUGGCGAGAAUAGUCUUUCGGGCAUGACACGGCUGCAGGGGAACCCCGUGAGCGAGGCGGCGGUCCAGAUCGAGCGCUGGGUAGAAGACAGCUUCGACACGUCCAAGGAGCAUGAGUUCUACCGCAACGGCGGCAGGCUCGAGCGUGACCUCGCCGAGUUCGCCGACCUCAGCCCCGCGGAUGCCGAGCAGCUGCUGCGGUUCUUCCCGGCCUCCAGCAUCCCCUGGAGGAAGGCGAUGCUCUUCGAGCCCGCGGAGCAGGGGUCAGACGGCCCUGGCCAGGGCGACGCGCUGCGGGUGGUGCUGACGGAAGCGGCGCGCACUGCCUUUGCCGCCUGGAAGUUCGGCUCGCGGCGGUCUGCGCCGAGCACCAGCAGCGCUGGCCGUGGCGCUGGCGUGCGCAGGAGCUGGGUGCGGGGGCCAUGCUCGGGGGCCCCGGCGCGUGCGCCUCCGCACGUGGGCCCUUCGGGCCAUCGCGGCAAAGAUCCGCGGACGACUUGCGUGCACUGUUCCGAGUUGGUGUCUCCCGAGGGUACCCAUACCGCAACCCUUGCCUCGUGUUCCCCUUGUCAGGGUUCCUGGGAGGGUGUCGUCGCCGCCGCUGGAUUCGCC